AUGGAAAAUAUACCUGCUGAAAUUUUGAACAAAAACAUUUUCGAACUUUCGGAGGAAGAAUUGCAAAAAUAUAUUCCUGAUUUUGAGAAUUUCGAGAAUGAUUAUGAGGACAUGUGGGAUUAUGUGCUAGAAGUGAAGGAUAAACAUGGGGAGGAUGAUACAACAUUCACGGUUAAAAAGUUUUUGGGUUAUUACUUACCAGAAGCGGGAUUUAUUCCAGAACCACCACCUCCACCAGAAAGGGAGGAAGUAAAACCAAAAAGUGCCGACGAUUUCAAAUAUUUAAACUAUGUGAAGAAUGUGAAGAGGGUUAAGGACGAUAGCGAACUACUGAGAUUGAGAGUCGAAAACGAUAAAUUGAAAAAAGAAAAUAGGGAGUUAAAGAAUAGAUUAAAAGAGGAAUUAAAGAAAGAGGUUGAUUAUAGGAUAGAUUAUAAACAUUAUCUACAAUCGUUUUAUAACGAAGGUGCGGAAUUUAUGGAAAAAUUAGAACCUAAGGAGGAAAAUAAAAUUGAUGUAAGAAAUUAUAAACAGUGGAAAGCGUUAAAUUCAGACGAUAACCAAAAAACGUUAUCGUAUGAUAAGUGGGAUGUGUUUAUGCGAAAUCCUUAUGAAAACGUUUUGGAGUUAAGAGAUUUAACAUCAACGGGGAGGAAGACAAUAUUUCCUUUAUUGAAAGAAUGGAUUGAAGAAUAUUUAGGUCAAACGUCUGCAGAAAAUAAAUACAUGUUCUGCUUUAGGGUUAAUUAUAAAUGGCAUUCUAAACCAUUAACACCCGAAUUAUUUAGAGAGUUAAAAGAAAAAUUUACUUAUGAAAACUUUUGA